AUGCCUGAUCUUCAAAUCCCGAAUGUGACAAUAGAAGACCUUCAGACGUUCCAGGCAAAGCAUUUCCCUGGCAGCGCCCAAAUCCCGACGACUCAGUACCAGUACGAGUACGAUGAAAUCGUGGACGACAACAAUGACUACGACGAAGACGAUCUCGGAUACUAUCCCGACGGGGUCAAGCGGACUUUGACGGACGAGCAGAUCGAGAUCUUCAGACAUAGCGAGAUUCAUACGCUUCUUCGGGAGAAGCAGCUACGCGAGGAGGCUCUUGAGGCGGCAAGGGAGGAAGCGAAAGCAGAAGAGGAGGCCAAGAAGGCGACCGAAUCGCACAAGUUGGCGGCCUCUGACGCGGGCAUGAAAGAGCCUACGGAUCAUACUGAGCGCGCUGAUGGCCGCGAGGCUGCGGAUUCCGUGCUAGACUACGGUGAGGAUGCUCCUGUUGCGAAUGCGCCGAAACGGGCCCGGCCGGGAUAUGCGUCUCAGUUUGCAGGGCGGAGAAUCAUCUCGUACGAUGACUGA